AAGCGAAAACAGAAAAUGAAGUCAAUUUUACUGCUUACACUUUUUUCAUUUUUUCUUUUCGCAAAGUCGGAAGAUUACGAAACAAUCCAUUCGUUGGUUGAAAGAUUUUAUGGAAAAGCGCUCGAACAUAACUGCAAUUUGAGACCGAGGUUGGAUUUCAUGUACAAAUUCUCUAAAAACGAUGAUAAAAUGAUAGCAAAACUCAAAAGUACUCUGAGCGAAUUUAUGGAUCGUAGCAAAAUCAAGGAAGUUUUGGAAAAAAUUCCAGAAGAAUUUAGAAUUAAGAAAAAGAAAGCUCGUACCGUACUAAAAACAAAAAUCAAUUUAAUAAAUAGUGCACAGACAGAUGAAACGAAGGAUUUGCAUGACGCAAUCUUAGUUGAAAUUGCAUUCGAAUUGCCUGAAUUCUACGACGAUGAGGGCAUCUUCGAAAAUUGCUAUAAAAAAUGGAUACAUAAAUCCAUCGACAUUCAACAUUUAGAACAAGUGAAAAGAGACAUAUAUUCCAUGACAUCGAGAUACGAUACAUUUGUUGAAAAUUUUAAAAUAGAAAUGAAAGGAGCCAAUAAUUUAACAGCAACCAUUCAAACACACAUUCAUUUAGCUAAUGAUGUUGUCAAUCAACUUUUACAGGCUUCGACACCUCAGAUUGAAAAAAUUGCCAAUGAAAAUGUAAAACCACGCUUGGAUAAAUUAUCCGAUUUAUAUACCGAGCUAUUUGAUAUCCUCGAAAGUGUAAAAGAGUCUCUUGAGGACUAUAACCUACAUCGUCUAAGGUGGGCAGAGUUUUUAAUUGGGAUGCGAAGUAGCCAUAAUUCAAUUCGCAAGUCCAAAGAUGAAUUAGAUCUACUUUGUCAGUAAGAAUCAUUUUUAACGCAAAUUAUACGGUUGAAUAUAAAAAUUAAAGACAAUUAUCCAAAAUAUCUCAA